UAUUCGAAUGAAAUCACAAAUCACUUUUGCUUCAGUCAGAGGUUAUCCGAAUUUUUUGCCAAGAGGUCAAUGCAAAUCUAAUUUUUCGUUAUAUGUUUUGAUGACACUGGCAGAAUAAUGCAACAUUUCAGUAUUCAAUGUGUAACAUUCUGUUCGAAAUGAUAUCUAAUAAAACACUGGUGACCAUUUUUCUACUCAUUGCUUGGAUAUGUUACGCAAAUUCCUGCAACGACUGCUGUAGAAGUACUGCAACUACUAACUGCUGUUCCCCAUCGCCCUGCUGUUCACCUUGUGCCUCAUGUACAACAAUAUCCUGCACCAAAAAUUGCAACGUCGAUUGCCCAACAACAAUCCGACCAAACCCAGAACCAGAGAUAGAAAAAGUGGUACCACAAGUUUCUAUCCCACAACCGCAAGUUAUCCCUCCAAGUCCAUCAAGAUCUGAAACAAAAAAUGACCUCAGUAAUGACAACAAAGUGAAUGUUACAGCCGGUUUGAAUCUAAACAACACUCUUUCCAACGUCAAUUCUAUACAUCUACCGAUAAAUAUAACCAAUGUCAAUACGAACAACAUCAGAGUUGAAUCAAGGGAGUCAAGGAUUGGAGCAGCUCCAGUUCAGCCGGUAACCCAAAUAAUUCCAGGAGCUAAACCGGUUGCUCCUCAAGCACCCAAAAUAUAUUUUGUCCUUGUUCGACAACCACCAGUGUAUAUUCCAAAGCCAAAGCCAAUGCCAAUGCCAAUGCCAAUACCAAUGCCCACUCCAGUACCAAUGCCGAAUCCAGUACCAAUGCCAAAUCCAAUACCAAUGCCAAAUCCAACUUAUUUCAACAUACCUACUCAGAAUAAUUGUUGCAUCAUGCAACCAAUGGGAUGUUGCUCGAUUCAGCCGCAAUGUAACUUUCAGCAAUGUAUGUCGCCUUGCAUGAGAUUCUGCUGAAUCUUGAAUGUAUUAUAAUGAAAACUGCCCUAAAUAUCAGUGCCAUCAUCAAUUAUGUGAAUAUUGAAAUAUAUUUUAUAUUUAUUGUUGA